UCAGGUAAUUCCUUCAAAGGAUCGACGUAUUAUGUUUUCCCCCCGGAAAAAGACGACUCGCGGAAAGGCUGACAACAAAGAGCGAAAGCGGAAGGGACCCUCUCCUAUGUUCAUUUACAGGCAGAAUGCUUUUUCAAGACGUUCUAUCGAGGCCAAACCAUAUGCAGCAGUAGGGACGUGGUUUGUGGGACCCAAGGCCGAGAAUUCUGACAUAUUUACCAGUCUGAUGAAUGAAGCCAUCGAGUCUCAUUUUCAAUUUCGUCGAGGGUAACUUAACAUAAUUCAUUCCAACAUUUUCCUUUGUAGUCGAGCUUGCUUUAGCAGAGCGAGACUCUAAAAACGAAAGGGUUUUUUUUUUUUUUCGUGUGUCCUCCUCAAAUCGUCGGCCAUUGUCCCAGGCGUUCCUAGGGGAGACCGUUGAAACUGGGGAUAAGAAUCGUGACGACUUUCAUUGUAUGCAAAUGAUCUCGUGAUAAGCAUGCGGUAUAUUUUCGACGAUGACUGAAAUGAAGCACAAAAUUGAUCACGUUUCGACCGUUUGGCAAUGAUGUAAUUUUCCCCGAAUUGAGGCCCUUCAUUUUCCUGUAAUUAUACACGCGCAUUUAAAAGUAAAUACCCUGAAGAAUACUCGACCGUCGAUAUUAUAGCGGGAAAAUCCUGUUUUGUUGGAUUUCCCCAUUUAAUGUAUAUCAGUUCAUAAAAUGGGAGAAACCCGACCUCAACCAGUAAAUUUUUGUGAUUUGAUUUCUUUCUCUCUUCCUGUCUUUCUAUUUUUCCCCAUAAGUUUUUCAUUUUAUACUAUCAGGACGAAUUGAUGCUUAUAAUCUUAAAAAAAUUGUACAAUAUUUGCUAUAACAUGGGUUAGUUUAUUCCCUUAGUGAAAUCGUUGCCGUUUGACUUAACUUGAUGCAAGCGGGCCCUGAAGUAUUGUUUCUCUAACAAUAUUAAAUUGAUACCACAAUACCUGCGGCGUAUCAUUUCAAAACGUGACCAGGGCUGACAUUUGCAUCCCUUUCAAUAGACCAUUUUACAGUUGAGGGCUCAGUAUCCUAGAAAUUGACUGAACCGUGAGGCCGAGGUUGAUCUUGUUUUCAUACAAACCUCUUUACUCUGCUAAUGAAGACUAUGCUUAAAAAAUGGUACUUAGCAUAAGAUCAACAUGAUUUGCAUAACAAAGAGGAAAGGUUUGUACCAAAACAAGAUAAACUCCAGCCUCAUUUUCACCUGUAACUGUAAAAUGGUUCAUUGAAAACGUUCAAGAUAAUGACUUUUAAGUGUAUUUUAUCUUUAGUUUCUACCCUUGUGAUCCGCCUUAUGUGACAGACGAGGUGAGACAAGCUCCUUCUUUCCAGCUAUCCAAGUCAAAAAUGGAAUUUGAACUGAAGAAGAUGCAGAACGAACUGCACAAGUCAGUGCCUUUCUUCAGCACGAGAUAUAAGGUGGGUUGUUGCAUCGGUUUGGGUACUUGGCAGAUGAUUCUAUAUGCAGCUACGAUCGGUCAUAAUUUGAAAAACUACAAGACAAAGAUUCAUCCAUGACCUUUUCUUAAUACUUGACAACUGGUCUUAAAAUUAUUUUGAGAGACACCCCCUCCUACCCAUUUAUUGUUGUAGAGAUGACAAGGAGGCAAUGCAAAAGUGGGUAACACAACAAUAUAAUAAUAAUAAUGAUAAUAAUAAUAAUAAUUUUUUAUUAUUAUUGAUAAUAUAACAAUUCUUUAUUGGUUACUAAUAAAAACACAUAUCUAAUGUUACAAAAUCGAUAAUGAUAAAGCUAUAUAAAAUGGAGAAGAUGGAAGAGAAUAAGACAAAAACUAUAAAUAAUCUAAAAGGAGUUACGUUAAAAAAUUGAGUCUUUUUAUAUAAAUGUAUUCUUAAAAAAAGGGCCGAAUGACUUACUCUUAAUUAACACAGGAGAAUAAUUAACACGAGGUGAAGGAUUAAAAAAAGAUACCAAUCCUAAAUGUGAUAAAUAUUAACAGUAUUAAUACUAAAAUCGCGCUAGUUCCUUAUCGAUUUCAAAGCCUCUACUAAUCCUAAAUGUGAAAAAUAUUAAAAGUUCUAAUCCUAAAAAUCUCGCUAUCUAGUUCCUUAUCAAUUUCAAAGUUGUUAUCUGUAAUAUUCAGCGGAGCUGUAGCUCUUCGCGUGCAACGUGAGCCUCUCAAGCACAACAGCGCAGACCUCAGGAGGGCGAAUGAGACUUUGUCACGAACCCAUGACAUUGUAGUGCUAUAAUCCUCUCCUUUCUUAGUUGGUAAAAGUUCAGCCAGUCUACUGUGAUACCUCGUGCAUUCAUUAGCCAUUCAUCCUAUAGUAGUAAAUACCAGUGGUGUAAAGCAGCCUUGUUCGACUUCUAGCACCCUGCUAGCAUACAUUCUCUUCCUCUAACCCUCAUGAUGGCGGUAGAUUUGCUUUGUGGUGUCAGGCCUUUAUAAGACUCUGCAUUUGGGCAUCAAACCCUAAUGUCAAAAAAGACAGGGCCUUGCCGCUCCUAAAAGAGAGUGAAUGUCGAGCCGAGCAUCGGCUACUACUGUUCGUACAAGGUGUCAGCACUUCUCCGUUUAUCUCCUGGCCCGGGUUGUUCAAACGUUGGAUAGCACUAUCCACCGGAUAAAUCACUAUCCAGCGGAUAAGUAUUACGGGAACCAAUUGCACUAUCCAGUGAAUAGCGCUAUCCACCUUUUGAACAACUGGGCCCUGAAGUACUGGGUCAAUUUGGACGUCAUAGUAUGCCAUCUGAUCAUUAGCAUUUUGGCUUUCAAAUCACGCAGCUCGUUAUGUAUUUGAAUGAUGAAGCCUCCUGGUCUACACACUAUGCGUGGUCUACAUCGAGAACACCUUCACACGCACAAGUAGACGGGGGUGUCGCUUAUUUUCCAUUCAUAUCUCAAAUCAAAGCCGUCUGUGAAUUCCCUCUUAUGUAGAGUAAAGCCCACAUCUUUAACUGGAAUGAAAGUAAGGCAGCUGGACGCCCCCUUUCUCUGCAACAAGGUCGACAGCUCUCUUAGUUUGCUCGGGAAGGGAAUUCUUCACUUCCUCUAGGUUGUCUCUAAGGCGCGCAUGCUUCUCUCUACGGUUACAUUGCUACAGUGUUCUUAUCUGCACGAUCGUCCGGGAGCUCUUGCGUGUGCGCCAUACUGUUCGACUGGUGGUUCAGUUGUCGCAAUUGAAGCUUCGUAUUUCGAGGCUGCAAUAUGACAUGGGUUUGUGAUCCCAAGACCACCUAUCCUUAUAGCCAAUGCUAACAAACCACGCUCAGCAGGCGUGCAGUGCCCUAUGAUAGCAUUUGGGUAAUAUCCCAUGCUAUAAGUCCCAGUUCAUUGAGCACGUUUCACCAUUUCCUCAGCUCUCUCAGAGGACCAGCGCACGUUGCAUCAUCAGCAUACCAAAAUUGUUUUGUAAGGCGUGACGAAUUUAAGCGUGUAAUUAACGGUUGGAGGCCAAUAGCGAGGAGACUCAUUGCCAAGGGGUCACCUUGUGUAGCGCCCUCUGCAGAUGUCAGCUCUUUUCAACCCAUCACGAACAAGCUCGUAGGUUCUCCGUAGGUGUUUAUAUUGAGGGGCACAGAAUCCUGGUAUUAUGUAAGGCAGCAGCCCUAGUGUUCAAUGAAUUAAACAUAUUUGAAGCAUUAACUAAUAGCACAGAAUUCGUAUCGUCAGCUUCAAAUGUAUUGUGCAUGGCGUGAAUGGCUACCCCGCCCCCAACAGUCGGGCCUGCGCACACUUGAGCGGCAGGCAUCAAUGAUAUGUUGCUUUGUCACUUUCUUCGCGCACUUUGCGAUUAUUCUCCUGAUCACUUCUCCAAAACCAAUCGGCCGAACUUCGCCAUUUCUUUUGUCUAGUGGGAUAAGACGGUUUGCCAAAUUGGCUUGAUUGUGAAUGGUUCAAUAAAUUCAGUACAAGUCUCUUUGCUGGCACCGCUAUAGCAUCCCAAAGACCUGUGCUGGCUUUUUUGAACGACUUGCAGACGAGCAUCCUUCUGAAACCAUUAGCAUCUACCCCAGUUGUGCCGCAGGAACAGUUAGUUCUUAAUGCCGCUUCCCUCACCAUUUCUCCAUUUAUUUCGUGGUAUAGGAUAUGUGGGACUGAUCCUCAAGAAGACAAAAGAGCAAAGCUCCUAGCUAGGCUUCCUGUACACUAGGGUGUUUAUCCGUAAGUUGUCUCAUUAUGUCAUCGCUCGAUGGUAGAACACCCCCGCAGUCUUCUUCGCUCAAGUAACGCAGAGCUGAACUGAUCCUCCCUUCUAUGACCAGCUUUGUGAAAAUCUCUGCCCGAUUCGGUAGUUUAGGUGUUCGAGACCCUGUCAAACGCGUCUGUAUCAUACUCAGUAGAGUGUCUAUUUCUCCCUCUUUCCAUAAUAUUAGUCUCCUUGACAAACAGUCUAGAUGAUCAUAUAAUGCUUUUGCGAUAAUAAUACAGUAAUAAUGAUAAUACCAAGAAAAUAACGACAAACACACUCUCACGCGGCACAUUCGCUUGAAAUUCUUGCAUUAUAUUAUUGCGCGCAACCUACAGAUCAGUUAGUUCUCUGCUAACAGAGAACUAAUUAAUCUGUAGGUUGAGCUGACUUUUAAAAUUAACUGUAAGCUCUUAGCCAGUGAGGAGAUAGAUGGUGCGAACAAUAUAUAAUAAUUAUAAAAAUUAUUGAUGUUUAACGAAUUGUCAUUUCAGGGUCAUGUGAAUUGGGACACAGCAGUCCCAGCUAAUAUUGGGUAUAUCGCUUCCAUUCUGUGGAACCAAAACAACUGUGCUGCCGAGGGAGGUCCAAUGACAACAGCGUACGAGAUUGAGGCUGGAAGUGACCUGUGUGAGAUGAUAGGAUUGGAUAGGGAUCAGAGCAUGGGGCACUUAGUAGCUGGAGGCUCAAUUGCAAACAUAGAAGCCAUCUGGGUAGCAAGAAAUCUGAAAUAUUAUCCUCUCGGGCUUCAAGAGGCUUUGCUUAAAGAUGAAAAGUUACGGGGAGCCCGUGAAUACGAGGUGAGUUAUUUCGUGCCAGUUAUUUGGAUGCGAAAGAUUAGAAGCAACUCAGGGCGCCAGAUUUUGUAUUUUCUUUUACAUGGUUAAAGUUCUUAAUCAUAUGACAAAACCCUGUUUUUUUUUUUUAAUUCAUGUUAUAACUGGAUUAGUGCUCGAUCAGCUUCAAAUAAGCCCCUCAUAUUUCGAAUAAGGUAAAAAUUAAAAAUUAUAAGCGCACGCCUUAAAAUAAUCAGCCUCACCCCAUCCCCCUGUAUUGAAUGCGUAUAUCACCGAUGAAUAUAGCUUCGCAAAUUUCAUCGUCUAGGAGAAAGAACCAUUUGGCACAUCAAACUGACUGAAACAAAGGGUUUUUUUUUAUUGUGGAGUUUCUACUAAAAGUACAAGUUUCAAUAUACCCGUGUCUUUUUAUAUCUGCUUGCCUGUUAUCAGCAUUCUUGUUCUAACUAGCUUAUCAGAGAUCACAUCAUUUAAUUAUUUUCGACGUGGAAACUCAUACCUCAUGAUACCCCUCAGCUAUAGAUAGUUUUUGAGCGGGCAGGGGUGAAUGCAGCCCUGACCCUUUCCCUCACCCUAGGGAACACAUACUGCGUUAAAAUAUUUUUUAAAAAAUUCAUUCUUUAGAUAUAUUUGCUGCAUGUACGAGGGUUAUAUUCAGUUAAAACCUUACUUUCAAUUAAUAUUUAUAGAUUUACCUGCCUCAAAAGGGCUGCAAUAUUCCUCUUGUAAAUGCCACACAAUGGGAGCUACUCAAUCUGGAUACGGACACUAUUAUCAAGAUGCCGUUUGACGUAGCAGAAAAAGCAGGGCUGAGCCAAGAGGAGUUUAGAAAAAUCAUGGGAAAAUAUCUUUACGAGUGCAUUGGUACCCAAGAAUUUUGCCGCAGACACAUGCUGACCAACAGUCCUUGCAUAGUGGUGGGAAGCACCUAUCAUGUGUCCUUUCUGAAAGGAGUAACCAUUGCAGGUCUUGGAAAGGAAAAUCUGGUUACAGUGCCAGUAGACAAAAAUGCUCGACUGGACGCUAACGGUACGUUGAAAAUGGGUAUUAGCUUUAGCAUCUCAUAGGGCUUUUUUACAUGACGUCAUUGUGGCCAUGUUGCUUUAAAGAAUUUCCAAAACAAUGAAACGGCGCGGCCAUGUUGGUGUCUAAAAAAAUAUCCUGUGGGAGUUAAAAUCUUCUCUUAUGUAAGCUGGUUUUCUUUCAUUCCAUAAAUUUGCAUAGAUGCUAGCCAAUGAGUGAAAACGCUCUAUAUAGGUGCGAGCAUCCGUUUAGGGAAAAGAAAGAAAUAACAAUUUGCUCGUUAUCCUUCUGGAGGAAAAAAACAAAGGAAGAAAGAAAGAAAGAAGGAAAGAGGAAUAAAUAUGUUAUUACAUUACCAGGACUGCUGAUAUUCAUUUGACCAAGCCUAAAAGCGGACCUUCUCUUGAUUCUCCAAUUUUUAUAUGGAAGGUGGCAAGGAAGUGGUGGCACAAAACAAGCAACAGUAAACAUGAAAAGCACUAUCAAGUAUAAUUCACUAAUUAGCUUAUAAAAGCGUUUUCCAAUGGAUAGAGAUAUUACAUUCAGCCGAUUAUAGCGACUCAUCCACCUUUUGAAAUGGCCAAAUGUAUUAGGGAUGGGAAUGUAGAAUUUAGGUGUGCAUAUUUUGUCAAUCACUGUCAUAAGCUAAUGCCGCCGCUUUUCCACUAAUUUCUGUCUACGAUAACACCUCUCUUCAUUCUCUCCUUCACCAGUAUUGGAACUGACAUUAAAAGAGAAAAUGAAGAAUCAGAUUCCCGUGAUCAGCGUGAUAAGUAUCAUGGGAACAACAGAAGAGAGUGCUGUUGAUCCUUUGGAUGAAAUUCUUUCUAUCAGGGAAAAACUGAGCAAGGAGGUUAGUUUAUCAUUUUAUCUUAUUUUGUUCUAAUUUUCCUCUCUAUAAACAUAUCUUGGGCGGAUGUGAAUCGCCCGUCGAGGUAUGCAGCCUGCGAGGAGCCUCUCAAUUUGGGUCGUUUUUUCUUGCUGGGCUGUGUUACACAUUUAGACUGAUUUGCAUAGAGUCAAUUAAGGGACAGGCUAAGGAGAAUGGAAAAGCUAAGGUAAAGUUAAUAAUUCCCUAAACACGCCCAUUUUUGUAUGGCCGCUAAGUCAGAAGCAGAAGUCUUGCUUUUUUAAGAUCACAAGGAGAAUCCCAUAACUUUUUAACAUUACACUUUGAUAUUCUGUCGGCGGCCUACGAUGAAAUGGGAAAAACUACAUCCGCGAUGAACGAUCUUUCACCAUCUCCAAAAGAGGAUAGCUUUAUCCUCCCCUACCAUCAUUGAGUCAUAUUCGUAUCUACCGCCUAUACUUCAUCACUUUUUCAAUAUUUAAAGGAUUGCUCGACUGUGUGCAUUACUAUACUAUGCAGUUUUCAAUCUUUGUUUCAUUUCAUUGCAGGGAUUAAAUUUCAGUAUCCACGCAGACGCUGCCUGGGGUGCGUACUUUGCAUGCAUGCUGAGAGAGCCGACAGAUGAUACAGCUAUGAAAAAUGUCAAAGAGGAAGCAUUUGUUCCUGAACUCUCCCUUAAUUCGCACGUUAAAAAGCAGUUGCAAGUACGUAUCCCUCGACAACAACAAUAUUUUCUUCUCCACAGAAACAUAAUUCAACAAGCGGUCAAAUCUUUGAAUUUUUCUGGAGGUUCACGGAAUUUUAAGGAAAAAUUCAUAGAAUGUUUAGAAAUUUGGAGGAAUGUAUAAAGCUUUUGGUGAAAUAAUUGCAAGGUCUUUUGUCUAAGUCACAAAAUGGUUUAAACUGUCUGCAACAUUUGUCGAUUUAGCGGUUUAAGCAAAGUUUUUCAAUAUUCUCACGUUUGCCACUGCCGUGCUGAAUUCGAAUUUAAGUAAAUCAUUUUAGCUCAGCUGGACAGUAGAACGACGUCUGAAACAGGCCUUAAAUCCCCGUUAGCUCCAUGGUCUUAGCUAUCAACUUAGAAGCCAAAUUUUGAUAAUUUUGAGAUUCAAAAAAGAAAUUGACUUAUCUUCGUUAACGGAGGCCUAUAUAAUCAUCUUCAACAACAACAAAACUUUAAAUCAAUAAACAAAUAAAAUUACAAAAGUAUUGCCCGCAGCUAGCAAGGCUUAAUUCAAGGCGGCACAAUACGUGCAAAAUAUAAGAAAUAAAGACUAACUAAAGGCUAUUAACUAAGGAAAGUUUACAGUUAGUUACAAAUAGAUGAAAUAAAACUCGUAAUAUGGAUGAGGACUAGAUAACAGACUAAAGGAAAAAGAAUUAAAGAAAUAAAUUGUAAAAGUAGAAACUAAUAAGCAAGAAUUUAUUUUUCGACAUUUUUGGCUAAUUUUACCUUUUGGAUUAAGGUUGGCGUAUCAAUAUACUCAUCUUCGGAGUUCAGAAUAUCAAAAAGUAACUUGCGGAGUGUUUUUUUCUUGUUCUUGGGGAGAUGUCGGAUGUUACAGGGUAAUCAGUAACUAGAAUGGUGUCCAUACCGAUCCUGGCUAAUAAUUCUACCUUAUCUUUAGAUUUUAAUGUAAGCCAAAAUACCCUAAUGGAACUUCCACCACAAGAAUAUGAUUCAAAGUUAAGCAAAUACUAUGACUUGGCUUUAGAAAGCAAAGUCAUAAAAGAGAUUGUUUAAACUGCAGUGGUUGCAGUGGUAUUUUUCAUUGGUAUUAACACCUAUAUUUACUGUAGUGAAUUUAUUUACACAGUUUUAGAUGUAUAAUACAAAGGACUUUGCAGUCUGGUGUUGCUUUUGUCUUGUCCGGAGGCGGAUAACACCAAAGGCUACAGGGAUCGAUCAGCUCUUCACUGUAAAAUUAGCUGUUUCGCCAAUUGCAGGCCUGACUCUCUUUCUGUGAUGUCAUUUGGAUAAUGACUUUUCCAUCACUGGGCGAUUGACCAGCAUAAAUGAGCCCGUUAUGAAAAGUUAGCUUGGGAGCAACAAACCUAUCAAAAUGCAAUUUGAUAUAAAUAAUUAAUAGCAUACAUUCAAGUUUUGUGAUCACUACGUUUCUAUAUUAAUUUUGUUGAAGGCUCUUAAGCACUGCGAUACCAUCACCUGCGACCCACACAAGUCUGGAUUCUGCCCGUACCCAGCUGGGGCUAUAUGCUAUCGUGACAAGAAUCUUAACAAUUUCCUCAACUUGUCAAGCGGCGUGCUGUACUAUCACGGCGACUCUAACCUUGGCGAUGUCGGUGUCGAAGGUUCAAAACCUGGCGCAGCUGCUUCCGGGGUGUUGCUAGCCAACAAGGUACGCAAUAUCUUUUGAACAGGCUGCAUGCACGAUAUUGCGUCAUUUUCAAUAACCAACAAAAGAUUGGUUCGUCCUUCUGAAUAUAGUGAUGCUUUACACCGUACAGAGAAAUCAUUGGGGUAUUAAAAAGCACUAUCUUGAUGUAUUGUUGCAACAAAACCCCAAUAUAACCAAUCUAAGGAAUCCUAGUCAAGUAAUAAAGCAUAAAGGCAGCGAAAGUAAGUGUGAAAAUCGUGGGGUUGAAAUUAAGUUACUAUCUGUUGAAGGUAUUAAAGACUGACAUUAUAAAUGCCUGCAAAUAUCACUACAAAUCAUGCUAUCACCUAUACUAACAUCAGGGAUGUAUUUUUUAGGUCAUAGGUCUUCACAAGAAUGGCUAUGGUCGCGUUUUAGCCGAAUGUAUGUUUACCUCAAAGAUUCUUUACUGCUACUGGGUAUGCCUGGCCGAAGACGAUGACGACUUUGUUAUUGAAACGACCAAGCCCUUACCCUUCGGGGUAACCAAGGCCUUUAUAAGGGAUAACAUUCUUGGUAAAAGCAACGAGGAGCUGGCGAAGGUACUUUAUGAACAGUGUAUAGUAACUGACACUCUGUGAUUGGACAUAACGUCGCGAUAAAGAGCUAUGGCUAUUUGGAGAGCACUUAUGUUUGAUUGAAGUAACCACCAAACACGUGAUUUAAAACGCAGAUCUGUAUUCGUUUCUCUCUCUUUUAGGAUGAAACCCUGAUGACAUUCCUUCAAGAAAUUGGCCCCGACACUCUAAUUCCCUGCUUUUCAGUAAAUAUCCGUGGUAAUAAGGAUGUCCGUAUUACCAAUAAAAUAAUCCAGGCAAUUUUCAACGAUCUUUGUCACAUGUCUACUGGAGAAUCAGAGCAGCGGAUGCCUUUGAUUGUGACGACAUCCACCAUGCAGGACCACAGGCACAGUUCCACUUUAGAGGACUUCAAGGAAAGACUCGGGGUAAGGAGAAAAAAAAGGCAUGAGUAG